AUGACCAUGUCCAACACAUGGCCGGGAAAUUUCAACGACCGCGGCCAGAGGACUCGAGACAGCAAGUUGCUUGCGGCAUUCGCUUAUGAGGGAAGGCAACGAGGUUCGGGGGCAGGCGGAGUUGGCGACGAUGGUUGCGCAACGGUCCGGACCGUGCUCGACAGCCGUGCUGACAUAGGCGCAUCGAUGCAAGACUGCAACAGCUCAAAGGAAUGGACCCCUUUCUUCUCCUCAACGGGCGAGAUCAACGAUCCCUUCCGUGUCGUCGCCCACGCACCGGCUGCAGCUUUGAGCGGCGCCAAGCUCAGAGCUUCCCCGACGACGGCUACCACCCUGAGCAGAGAGCUUCUUCCCAGAGCUCUUGCGAGAAAGUCGGCUUCGAGCCGGAGGCCCACCCACCAGGGUGUCCAGGUCGAGAACGAGAGUGACAACGAAAACGACGCCGAGGUCGCGUUCUCCGUCCCGCCCAACGUCCAGGCCGUCCUCAGGCGUUGCGCUGCCCAGAGUCGAGAUCGGGUGGCGGGCGGCACCGCCGCGGGGGGUGGGGGGGGCACGCAUACCGCUCAGCCCGCGGCGGCGGCGGCGGCGGCCACACCGUCCGUGACGCCAACGGUAGCGCCUUCCCGAUGCGAGGACCGCCGUGCCGCCUUCGCCCGUGGUGAGCAAGGCGACGGAAGUCACUUCUCUGCCGCUGGCAAGACCGGAAGAGGCAGCGGUAGCGGCGGCGAUGGUGUCACGCACGGGGGGAGUGAUGAGGCCUCGCACACGGUGUGA